AUGGAGACCCUUUUGAUCAAGUCGCUAUAUCAUGAAGCCCCAACCUCGGAUUAUCUUGAAAACAAGUCCGUUGCAACCAUGACGUCGAGGGCUUCGAUUUGCGGUAAGUUUGAAAAAUGUUUGCUUACAGUCCUCUCUCAUUUUAUACAGUUGGUGGCGGCAUGUAGAAACCCCCCAGUCUUCUGUGUCAUCACCGAGUACCUAUCGGGAGGCUCACUGAGGUCAUUCCUUCACAAACUUAAACCGGGUUCACUCACUCUCGAGAAAAUAAUUAAGAUCUCGUUAGAUAUUGCAAGAGGAAUGGAAUAUGUGCACUCUCAAGGGGUUAUUCAUAGAGAUCUUAAGCCCGAGAACAUGCUUUUUGAUGAGGACAUGUGUUUGAAAAUCGCGGAUUUUGGGAUAGGUUGUGAAGAGAAACAUUGUGACUUGUUAUCUGAGGACCCAGGAACAUUUCGAUGGAUGGCACCUGAGAUGAUUAAGCACAAAGCUUAUGGUCGUAAAGUUGAUGUGUAUAGCUUUGGGCUUGUGUUAUGGGAGAUGGUGACUGGGACCAUCCCUUAUGAGGAUAUGACCCCCAUUCAGGCUGCCUUUGCCGUGGUGAACAAGAAUUUGAGGCCAACUAUUCCUUUGGGGUGUCCGUCUCCUCUACGGGCUUUGAUUGAGCAGUGCUGGUCCUUGCUUCCUGAGAAGAGGCCUGAAUUUUGGCAGAUUGUGAAGGUUUUGGAGCAAUUUGAGUCUUCUCUUGGCAAGGAUGGAACGCUAUGCCUGGCUCAAAAUGUGAUAGCCGGUCAAGACCACAAGAAGCGGCUCACUAACUGGCUUCACAAGCUCACCAUAGCCAAUCCUGAACUCACCUCCACGCGUAAAUAGUUUUAGUCUUGUAAUCAUCUUUUCCCUCAGUCGUUGCUAUGUGAUUUCACUGUUUCCCGUAGUAAUGAUACUGGUUACCUUUCAUCCA